CCAGUUUCUACAGCUUUUGCAUACUCCCACUCACUAGAAACCAAUUUAAGGAACGAGAUAUUCAGCGGCUACAAUAAGGAUGCCAGACCGGUGCAGAAAACCAUUGUCACCUGUAACGUUAAAAUACUGUCGCUCAAAGACAUUAACACAAGGGAUCAAACAAUGACAACAGUAGCGUACUUUUCAUUUUCUUGGGACGAUACCCGACUGUCUUGGACGUCAAAACCAGCGUACUCUUCAGACAUAGAAAGAAUAUACAGCACGGAAUCUGUGUUAUUCACACCCUCCUUAGUGGUGGAAAAUUCCAUUAAUGAUCUGGGUGUUAUCAGCGACAAAACCCUUCCAAUGCGCAUCGACCAGAGUGGGCAGGUCACGUGGUCCCCUGGUAACAUCUACGAGACUUCAUGCGACAUUGAUACUACCCUUUAUCCCUUUGACAAACAGACAUGUUCCAUCACUCUAACAACCAGGGGAUAUAUAAAAGCAGAAGUAGAGCUAAAGCUCGCAAAAAUGCCGAUAGUUUUGACAGCUUACCAGGAGAAUGGUGAAUGGGAAUAUAUAUCCAGUUCAAGUGAUGUCAGCGUCACAGCACGUGAUUUGUUGUUAUACUCUACACUCACUUUUACUUUCACUUUCCAACGCCGAUCAUCGUAUCACUUGAUAUCGACGAUUAUCCCGAUGUUUUUACUUGCGUUUAUGAGUUGCUACGUCUUCAAACUCCCAGUUGAUGCGGGAGAGAAGCUUGGUUACUGCCUAACCGUCUUAUUAGCUUUUGCCGUCUACCUGACAUUGGUUUCAGACAAUAUUCCUACAACGUCAACAACAAUAUCUUAUUUGUCCGUUUAUUUGCUGUUGAUGCUGGGAAUGGGUGUGAUUUCUGUACUUCUGACUAUACACAUUAUAGAUAUUAACUUUACAUCUGAAGAAGAGGAAAUUUCCGGAUGUAUGCGUAAAAUAACAAAAAUUAUUUCAAAAUUAGUUUGCUGGAAAGGCUGCGGAACAUGUUGCAAGGGACGUAACUCUUCCGUUUCUGUAAUUAACGUUAAACGUAUAAACGUGCAUCUAGGCUCAAAAAAGGUCGAAGGUAAUAUGGAUGAUGAUGUCGAAGAUGAAGAUUUCUCCUGGCAGGAGAUAGCAAGGAUUUUAGACAUUUUUAUGUUCCGAGUUUACCUUUUUCUAGUCAUAAUGCUGUCUGUCGCGUUCAUAGGCUUCAUGUCUUGGGGUUCACUUUGGUAAAACUUCACAAAUUGGAAAUUUAUUAUGGUCAGCGGUUUCUCUUAGACAAACCUGUUGAUAUUUUUUUUAAAUGUAUUAAAAUGAAAAAUGAAAA